AAAAAAAUUCAACUUCUGUAAUAGCAGUUCUUUUAAUUAAACUUUAAACUCAGCACAAAGGGACUCAUUUCUUGGCCUAAUGACAAAAAUAACCAAUAAAUAAAACUUGUUGCUAAAAAUGUUCACAGCUUUGCAAAUAAUAUAAUUUCAACAAUAAAUUAAUUAUAAACACCAAAAACUUGUGACAGCUGCCAAAAAUACACGUUGGCAACAUUGUAAAUUGUGACAGUUGUCAAAAAUAUAGGUUAGAAAACUGUAAAUUGUGACGUUUAAAAUGUACAGUUAUCUUAUCAUUAAUAUUAGGUGCGUGAUAUGAUGAACAAUGGAGUUGAAAUAAAAUAAUGGGAUAUAUUGAGUUUUUUACAAAGUACGUUUUUGGAGAUUUUACGGUUCCAGAUAGGGGUGAUGGUAAUGUUUGGAAGGAUGAACCAACUCUUAAAGGAACGAUUAUUUAUUCCGUCAUUGUUCCGAUUCUUUGUGUUUUUGGAGUAUUUGCGAAUGCUUUGUGCCUCAUGGUUUUGAGAAAAGCAAAGCUGAGCGCAUCUGUUUAUACUUAUUUAUCAGUUCUAGCUUUGGUGGAUCUCAUGGGUUCAAUACUUCUGCUUUUGGCAGGCCUGUCUAAUGGUGCCCUAUGGUACGAAGGUUGGGGAUACUGGGACGCCCUUGUAGGUGUUCCGCUACAAGGAACUGUCAAUUGUUUGGGGGUUUGUGCUGUUAUAUUUGUUAUGAUAGAUCGUGUUACUUAUCUUUGGGACAGUCACAGCUGUGCUAAGCCCCCAUUUUGUGACCCUCUGGUAGCACGAAAAGUAAUGGGAAUCUGUUUUUUCGUUUCUGUAUUGGUUAAUGUGCCGUAUUGCUUUAUUUUUCGGGCGGAUAGAGAGGGUCAUCUUGUUAAUACACCAUUUUUUGAUUCCAGAGAAUAUGGUAUCUACAACUGGUGUUAUUUUAUUAUAUUCUGCAUUAUAUCAUCAAUAAUCCUAAUUAUGGGCAACGGUUUUCUAAUAUUUACAUUAAAAAAAGCGGAAAUAAAAAACGCAAAAUUAAAUUGUAAAAAAAGAAUGGACCACCGACACUUAACAACAGUGUUAAUAAUGAUAAUUCUGGUUUUUCUUUUGGCCAUAAUCCCGACAAACUUAACCUCCAGGACUAGCGCCAUUAACAUCCUUUUCCAUGGCGAUCACUAUAAGGCGCACACCAAAGAGGUCGAAAUAGUUCGACAAGUGUGCGCUUUGAUUGGCGCGAUUAACUUCAACGCCAACUUUGUGCUUUACUACGUUUUUUGUCCAUGUUUUUACAAGGCGAUGAUGCUGAUGUUCAGGAGAAAGAAAAGGGUGUCUAAGGUGGAAGUGAAUGUGUAUAUUUUGGAGGGUGGGGUUAAGGGGGAGAAGGAAAUUAUUGGGGUUUCUGAAAGAGGUUUUGAUACAGAGGAUUUGGAAGAUAAGGAAAGAACGUUAAAUACAUUAUAUUUGAAAUAAAUUAAAAGUGUUUUAUUAAAAAAUCUGCCAAAUUACAUAAAUUCUAAUAGGAUUUAGAUAAAAACUUACAAAAAACUUUCUAUAUAUACAGUUUUCGAG